UGUGAGCCUGAGAGGCUGGACGAUUGACUUUCGCACGGCGCCCAACGAUGCGUGGUGACGCACUUCAACCAAAGAGCCAGCGAGGCCUCGAAGAACCAGCAUAAAUGUUGUCAAAAGGUAAAUAGAGCCAUUGACACGAUCUCGUGAACCAGCGACAAGUGCAAGAACACCCCCAAGCAGUCACGAUGCCGCCGCUCCUGCAUGUAAUGAGGCACGGACAAGGCUUCCACAACAUCUCGGACAACGGGCACGACAUUCGAGACCCAGAGCUGACGGACAAGGGCCGCGAGCAGUGUCGCGAAAGACGGGAGGCCUUUGAAAGACACGACAAGGUCGAGCUACUACUUGCCUCGCCGCUCCGUCGUGCUCUGCAAACUUGUGCGAUCGCCUUUGCGCCGAGCGUGGAGCGAGGGCUUACGAUUAUUGCUUUGCCUACUGCUGAAGAGGCUUCGAAUGCGCCGUGCGAUACGGGCAGUGAGAUUGAGCUGUUGAAGGCCGAGUUUCCCGAGCAUGUGGACUUUGAUCAUGUUAAGCACGGUUGGUGGGUUCACGAAGGUGAAUAUGCAUUUGAACCAAAGGCAUUGAUAUCCAGAGCGGCGAAGCUGCGCCGUUGGAUCAAGGCACGACCGGAGAAAGAGGUCGUCUUGGUCUCGCAUGGCUUCUUCAACCAUUUUCUGACGGGAGAUGUGGAUGCGGAAGGCAACCAGACAACGCCAUGGUGGAAAGAGGCAGAGCUCCGCACCUAUCGGUUCCGCGAGGGGGCAUCCAUCACCGCGGACGGACUUAGCGAGAUCGAUGGCGAGGAUGGUGCGGCGUUGGAGGAGACGCCGGAAUCUCUGAUGCGGUUGAAGGAUCGGCGACGAGCGAGCGUUGUCGAUAACAAGAAUCGGCCGGAGGAGCGCAAGGAGAGUCUUGAUAGCUUCCGUACGGAUCGAGAAGCGGCGACAUAGUUGAACCCUCCUAGUGGUGACUUCUUCGUAUUACCCGCGCCUCAGACUCGAUUUGACCAAGCUUAGCCGAGCCAGACCGGUCCUUAGUUGUAUGUGAGCCUGCUCUCGAGGCGAG